CCAACCAAUCGGCUCGCCUAGGCCCUGGCUCCGGCCGUGAGGGCUGGUUUGGGGUUUUUCUUUCUUCCUUCUUUUCCCUGGAUUUUUUCUUUUUUCUUCUUUGAUGUGAUAUAAAACCUUGAGAUCCCUCCCACCACUGAGGCCUUGUUUGUACUCGUGCACUCAAGUCUUUUGAGAACAAACACUUUUGUACACUUUACGACAUGCUAUCCGCUACGACUAUCAGAGCUUCGGCGCCUGCUAUCCUAGCUACUAAACAUCUACCCCUUGCUUCGGGGAUUCGUGUUGCCUCCUGCGGACUUCUUCAUGGUGUUCAGACGAGGAAGUUUACGGGAUCUACGAAUUCCUUUUUUCUGGCGACGACUCCGAAGUCCAAACAGGAGAGGCCACUGAAGGCGUUUAGGGAACGCUCAUUUCCUCAUCCUGUUUACACGGAGGCGCAGAUGAAUGAUAUCAAAAUCGCCCAUCGCAAAGCAAAGACCUGGGGAGACUGGGUCGCUCUUGCUGCCGUUCGAGUAAUGCGUAAAUGCUUCGACUUAGCAACGGGCUACAAACAUGACUCAGAGAUAGCCUCGGGCAACAAAACGCCCUACGGAACUAAUGCCUUCCACAUGACGCCACAGAAAUGGUUGGCAAGGUUCAUAUUCCUCGAAUCCAUCGCCGGCGUGCCAGGAAUGGCAGCAGGCAUGAUCAGACACCUGAACUCCCUACGCCGUCUCAAGCGUGACAACGCCUGGAUCGAAACCCUCCUCGAAGAAGCGUACAAUGAGCGUCUCCACCUACUCACAUUCCUGCACUACCGCCAGCCGGGACUCUUCAUGCGGACCAUGAUCCUCGGCGCACAGGGCAUAUUCUUUAAUCUCUUUUUCAUUUCCUACCUCGUAUCCCCGCGCACCUGUCACCGCUUCGUCGGCUACAUCGAGGAGGAAGCCGUGAUCACGUACACCCGAGCCAUAGCGGACAUCGAGAACGGCCGCAUCCCGGAGUGGGAGAACCUACUCGCGCCGGAUAUCGCCAUCAAGUAUUUCGGCUUGGGGCCGGAUGCGAAUAUGUUGGAGCUGUUGAAGGUUAUUAGGGCGGAUGAGGCGAAGCAUCGCGAGGUCAACCACACGCUGGCGAAUUUGAGUCAGGACGAGGAUCCGAACCCGUAUGCCCUGAUUUAUGAGGAUGGUAAACCGCAUCCAACGAAGGGGCUAGAUUUCAUGAAGCCGGAGGGGUGGGAGAAGGGGGAUAUUGAUGGUGGGGUUGUGGAGGAGUACAUGAAGCCUGGAAAGGAGUGGAAGACUGGUGGGAAGCCGUCUGGCGGUGCUCCUACUGGUUCCGGUACUACUACCACUACCUCUCAAGUAGCGUAAUCCUGCACCCAUUUCUUUUGUACAGAUUCCCUUUGUCAAACCAGCGCAAAAGUCGUUCGUUUUUUAAUCUCCAUUCCACUGUAUUUUCUUAUCUCUAUACCGCAUUUCGUCCUUCUCCCCCCUUCAAAUUUAAAUACUAUAAUCUCAGUACAAUAAACUCAAAUUCCACCACCA